AUGGCGGAGAAAGAAGUUACAAAGAAGUCUGGACCAGAAGUGACUUUCACCGUCGCAAAAUUCUCUAUCCCCGUGGACUCGGAGAACAAGGCAAAGACCUUCAAAGUAUUCUCUUUGGCGAAACCCCAUAUGAUAACGUUCCAUCUGGCAUGGACGUCUUUGUUCACAUGUUUCCUCUCCACCUUCGCCGCCGCUCCCCUCAUCCCUGUAAUCCGUGACAACCUUAACCUCCGCAAAAUGGACAUAAAGAGCGCCAACUUAGCUUCCAUCUCCGGUGGCAUAUUUUCCAGGCUCGCCAUGGGUCCGGCCUGUGACAUCCUCGGCCCACGCUACUCCUCCGCAAUCCUUAUCAUGCUCUCCGCCCCUGCUGUCUUCUAUAUGUCUUUAGUUACUUCUGUCAACGGGUUUGUAGCAGUGCAGUUCAUGAUCGGGUUCUCUUUAGCUACUAUGGUGUCGUGUCAAUAUUGGAUGAGCAGCAUGUUCAAUGGAAAGGUUAUUGGGAUCGCAAAUGGCACUGCGGCCGGAUGGGGUAAUAUGGGCGGCGGGGUGACCCAAUUUUUUAUGCCAAUGCUCUACUUGAAGAUUUUCCAAGCAGGUUCCACACCAUUCACAGCAUGGAGGAUUGCUUUCUUUGUGCCGGGGUUGCUUCAAGUGUUCAUGGGUCUCUUGGUCCUAACCCUCGGCCAAGAUCUCCCCGAUGGCAACCUUAGCACUCUCCAAGAUAAAGGAGAUGUUAUACGAGACAAAUUACUUAAGGUAUUGUGGUGUGGCAUGAGAAACUAUAGAUCAUGGAUCUUUGUUCUUCUUUAUUGCAUGUCACUUGGAGUAGAAUUAACCACUCAAAACGUAAUUGCCCAAUAUUUCUUUGACAGUUUUGACCAGUCGCUUGACACGUCCGGUAAUAUAGCAGCGAUGUUUGGCAUGGCCAGCAUAUUGGCCCGACCGAUGGGAGGCUACUUGUCCGAUAUCACUACCCGUCGUUACGGCAUGAGAGGCCGUUUAUGGACCUUAUGGGUCCUACAAACCCUAGGAGGCCUCUUUUGUAUCUUAUUUGGCCGGGCCAAAACACUAAAUUCAUCGAUCUUAUACAUGAUCCUUUUCGCGAUGGGUGAACAAUCCGCAUGUGGGGCAACGUUCGGUAUCAUCCCUUUUAUCUCUAGGCGUUCAUUGGGGGUGAUAUCGGGUAUGACUGGGGCGGGUGGGAAUUUGGGGUCGGUUUUAACCCAAUUGAUGUUCUUUAGUGACAAUUCAGACUCGGCGGAGGGGUUUACAAAGAUGGGAUUUAUGAUUGUGGGUUGUACGUUGGUGGUGGGGACCGUGCGUUUUCCUCAGUGGGGUGGAAUGUUGUCUCCUCCGUCGAGGGAUGUUGGGAAGUGCAAUGAGGAGUAUUAUUAUGGGUCGGAAUGGAAUGAAGAGGAGAAGCUUUUGGGUCUUGACCGGGCCAGUAUGAAAUUUGCUGAAAAUAGUCGGUGGGAGAGAGGAGGGUCGCUGGUUGAAUCCCAUUCGACGCCUCCUUCUAUGAUACAAGCAGCUUCAGUCUAG